AGCCUGGCAAAGAUGCAAUAUCACACACCUACAUCAGGUUUGCACCCCCCAAGGGCCACAAACAAUGUCAACCUUACAGGCAACAUACAACAUCCCACCACAUCUCACAUUCUCGUAUGGGCAGCUAAUAUCAACAAUCAGCAACAAGGGGAUAAAAAGCCCUACACAGUCGUUCGACACCAACCACACACACUUCGAAAAGAUGUGUCUCCACCUAACACCAAUCCGCCGCACUAUCACUCACUUAUAAACUCCUUAACUCCCCAACAAAUGAGCCGGUCUGGUGCUUUAUAG